AUGAAAGUUGAAGAAAAAACAUACAAACAAUUUACUAUAGAUCAGGUUACCCUUAUUAACGGUGAGCCCGCGUUUGUUCAAGAAAUUCAAAAUCGAACUGGAACAUUCAAUGAUAAUGCCAUAUCACUUAUGGAGUCAGCUGACGAUGAUAAUUCUAUUGAUAAAUUAAUAAUAUCAGUCUUCCAUUGUUAUUCUGCAAUUUGCCAAAAUCAGUUUUUGGAGAAUAGUACUCAUAUAUCACAAUUUAUAUCAGAUUGUAUGUUAUUUCAAAAUUAUCAUAUUCUUGAAGUCAGAAUCAGUGUUUAUAAUUGUCUUUCAAAAUUAUGUAUCAAAAAAUUCAAAAGUAGCUUUGAUAUUAUUAAAACUGAAAAGAAUUUUAUAAGAUCACUUUUAUUUUAUGCUCAAUGGACAGAAAAUGAAGAAAUUUUAAAUUCAAUUGCAAAUAUUAUUCGAUUCUUUGUUGCAAUUUCUGAUAAAAAUCAAAGAAAACAUCUAAUAAAAUAUGGUGUUGUUGAAGCUUUGGAAUAUCUUUUAUUCAAAAAUAUUGAUUAUGAUAUUCUUAUUGAAAUUGUAGGAUUUUUGAUGACAUUUUCUGAUGAUGUUGCAAUACAACUUAUUGAAAAGCAAAUCCUUCAAUAUUUUCUUUCAUGCGUUAACCAAUCUUUGCCAAAUGAUUCAAAAAUAUGUUUUGUAGAAUUUUUUGGUCGAACUAUAAGACAUUUGCCAAUCUCAUAUUCACAGCUACUAUUUUCAAAUGAUACCGUACUUGAAAUCGCAGUUUCAGUUUUUAGAACAGUUAAUCCUAAUUUAGCAUUUAGGAUUCUGCAAGCAUUUCAUAAACUAUUGACCGGCUUAAAAGAGGAUCCUCAAAAUGAAUUCGCAGUCAAAUGUGCAACAAUCUUAGUAGAUUCAGGAGAAUUUGAGGAAGAUGAAUUAUUUGAAAAUGAUAAGCUUGAUUCCGAAUACACGAAACUGAGACAAUAUCUUUAUGAUUUGAACUCUGAUUCCGAAUCAUGA